AUGGUCUUGUUGGCUGUCGCCGGAAUGAUAUCAGUUCAAACGCUUCUACUGGUGCUGGUGGUGCUGGUGGUGCUAAUGGUGAUGGUGGUGCUGAUGGUGUUGCUGACCAUGCUCGUGGUCCUGGUGACGAUGGUGGUGCUAGUCAUGGUGCUGAUGGUGGUGGUGUUGAUGCCGUUGGUGCUGGCGGUGCUGGUGGUGCUGAUGGUGUUGCUGACCAUGCUCGUGGUCCUGGUGGCGAUGGUGGUGCUAGUCAUGGUGCUGAUGGUGGUGGUGGUGAUGCCGUUUGUGCUGGCGGUGCUGGUGGUGCUGGUGGUGCUGGUGAUGCUGGUGGUGUCCGUGGCUGUGAUUUUUUUUGUGCGGGCGAUGCUGGCCGUGCUGGUGGUGCUAAUGGUACUGGUUUUGUUGCUGACCAUGCUCGUGGUCCUGGUGACGAUGGUGGUGCUAGUCAUGGUGUUGAUGGUGGUGGUGGUGAUGCCGUUGGUGCUGGCGGUGCUGGCCGUGCUGGUGGUGGUGGUGGCAGUGCUUGGUGGUGGUGGCGGUGCUGAUGAUGCUCGUGAUACUGGUGAUGCUGGUGGUACUGGUGGUACUGGUGGUACUGGUGGUGUUGGUGGUACGGGUGGUGUUGGUGGUACGGGUGGUGCUGGUGGUGCGGGUGGUACUGGCUGUGCUGGUGAUGCUGGUGGUGCUGGUGGUGCUGGGGGUGACGACAAUUCUGGAAGCAGGAACUCAGAACCUUUUUCAAAGAGGCCGCAGUGGAUCGCUGUUGAAGGAUUUCUCCAAAGGCUCGCGUUCGCUUUCACGAUGGGUGGAGCCUCAUUGGUCGUGUUUACCAUGCUGUGGAUAUUCUCCGUCCCGUGGGUGGCCUGGUGUUUCCUGCGGUCGUUACUACCUCCGGAGGACGGCGAAGAGGGAUUUCAUCUGGACACAAUCAAGAUGAUCAAGACUUGUUCAUGCUGGAAGGGCGGGAAAGGUGUGAAUAUCAGGUCUGAAGAAGAGAAUAAUUCGUCACCGGGGUAUGUACGGGAGCUGCUUUGGGUGGUCUGCGCUCUAGUGGUCAUGAUGGUUUCGAUGGCGUUCGCCGCCGUGUUUUGUCUUCUGUACAUCGUCGGCUCCGGUAUCCUGUGGAUUCUGGGUACCUUCCGACUCCUGGUGUGGGGUUGGAACAACUGCAGCAGAAAGCGCGACGACAAGAAUCCUGAGGCAAUGCCUGGACAGGAGGACGGGAGCCACUGGGAAAACGCUUGGAAGCUCGCCAAUUUGCGGAAUCAUGGAAUCCGCGAGGAUCGCGAACACCCGCACUUUUACGUUGUCCCGUUCUUGAAGAGCAAGACAGGGUUAGACAUGCAGCACCUCGCGCGAAUGGCGAACAUCGGGGACGAGAAGUCGAACUCCGAGAAAGAACUUGUCGAAGUAGAUCGGGAGCUAGCAGACGCGCGCAUCGACAUUAGGCAUCUGUCUUCGCUACUCCCGGGUGAUGGUGGCGUCAGAGACGAUAGAGAGUUGUGGGAGAAGCUGACGGAAUCUCUGAACAACCUGCAGCAUCGUUAUCGCGGAAUGAUUCCCAACGAGAUGGCAGGGCAUGGGCGUUUGAGGGCUGCUAACAUGUUCAAGGGAGGGCGUUGACAGGACCAGGAGUACGGGUGAAGAUGCACGAAACUCCCGGGCUCCCCAUGAAUGAUACUCAAAAUAUUUGCGUCUCUUUCAAUGGGGCAAACCUUGGGUAGGGCGGGGCGACGAACGGGACUGGAGGUGUGCUGGGUGUGACCGGGGGCCACGAUAAUAUUGAUUGGGAGUCGUGAUGACAUGUAUUUCUUCCAAGGUCGAUUCUUGAGCGGUCCAAAUCUUACCAGGCCAGAAUGGAGAGGGGCCGCAUCGGUCGAAAGUUGAUUAUCUUGCACUUUUUUACCGUGUGGUUCGUGAUAAUAUUUGUCCACAAACCGUUUCAUGCGCGGUCUAUUUCCCAAGGACACCCGCUUGCUGUACGCGCACCGAGGGGAGGCUGCAUCGGUCGAAAGUUGAUGGUCAUGUGUAGGAAAUUUAUGCACACAGAAGCAGAUUGUCCGUUGCGCGAUAGGAGCAAGUUUCCUCACGACUCUAUGGUGGAGAUUGAAGGCUGAUCGCCGUGAGAUAGCGUGUACAGCGUGUCCCCAAGUCCGAACUAGGCUUUGAUUCCGAACCUCGUGGGAGUCAUGUACUUAGUCUACAUGACGU